AUGUUACUCUAUUACCUGGCGGCCAUCUUCAAGGGACUGCACCCUCGUGUGGACGACGACUUCGUCGACAAACUGAAUUACCAUUACACGAGUGCCAUCAUUUUUGCUUUCGCCAUCAUCGUCAGUGCCAAGCAGUACGUCGGCUAUCCGAUCCAAUGCUGGGUGCCGGCCCAGUUCACCGACGCCUGGGAACAGUACACGGAGAACUUCUGCUGGGUGGAGAACACGUAUUACUUGCCUUUGCACCACGCCAUUCCGCAGGACUAUGCAGAACGCCGCUCCCGCCAGAUCAACUACUAUCAGUGGGUGCCAUUUGUACUGGCUCUAGAAGCGCUCAUGUUCUACAUACCGUGCAUUCUUUGGCGGGGAUUGCUUCACUGGCACUCAGGUCCGACCACCUACUGGGAUCACAGCUCGUCGACACUACCGUCCUAA